UUCCCGUUCCCUCCCAUUAUCCAGGACCUUCACCUCGCUUCAAUUGUCCUGGCUCCUCUCUCUACCGGUCAUCUUUAUCUAUACCGCAGUUUCUCCGACCCGGACUCUCUAACUCCAACAUUUGUUUCCAACCCAAUCAAACCCUACUUUUUCCGCUAUCUCCCGCCAUUAUCAGAAAACCCAAAUUCAUGUUUUCAGAGAUUUUAAAAUCCUUCAUUUAUUUCCGUCUUCUAUGAAGAUUUAAGCUGGUUUUACUACUGCAAUUUCCAUGAAAUUCAAAGUGAGCUUAAAUGGUGGCUUCCCUCUUACCUCGGUGCAAUAUCUCAGCUAAAAUGGACGCCUUCGAUACCUUGUCGCCGCAACUCUUCUCUGGGCAUGGCCAUGUUAAGCUCCCUUUUUUAAACCCAUUGACCUGCAGUCAUUAUCAACAAAGAAACUGUUCAUUACUACGGCUUUAUUUGAAUCGGGGCACUGGCUUUUGGACCAGUGGUGUGACAUUUAAGUUGUAUGAGGUGGUGGGUUUGGAAUUUCUCCUUUUUAUCUAGCCCACAGAACCAAAGAAAACAAUUGGGCUUGAUUCAUGAAAAUGUCUUUUCAAGACUGCAAGUUUCGUUUUUGGAAGCAAAUGUGAUAUCUGGAAGUAAAUGCACAAAUUAAAGGUACAUGUGUCGAGUUCCUAUUCAGAAUGUUUGCAGGAAUACUCGCCGUGCAGGACUUGUUAAUCAUUUUCAACAAUCACCACUAAUGUCCACUAGGAAAGCCAGCAUACAAACAACAAUCCAGGGAUCAUGCGAGGUGCUAUGGAGUAUACAAGCUGAUCUAGAAGAUGGUCAGCUUUUGUACAUUACAGGGGAUACUCUUGCUUUAGGUGGUUGGGAUCCAGCAUUGGCUAUUCUAAUGUAUCCUUGUGAAGAAGAAGCUAAUGUUUGGCAGACAGAAAUAGAGGUGCCUUGCGGGGUGAAUAUCAGAUACAACUAUUUUGUGAAGGAAGACUCUUGUGCUUCUUGUGAUAUUGUUUGGAGACCAGGACCUGUAUAUUCUUUGUCGGUACCAUGUUCCUUUGAAUGUUCACAUGAGAAGAUUAUAGUUAAGGAUAUCUGGAUGAAGGCAAAAGUUGAGGGAAUGCCUCUUCCUUCAUGGGGUUCAUGGCUGGUGGAGACAGACCAUCUCAUCCAAUUGGCUAAGCAUCAAACUCUUUGUGCAGGUACGAGUGACUUAUUGGAAAUGCUAAAAUGCGAGAGUUCAGAAGUGAAUACGCGUCUCGAUGAUUCUUCUUCUAGUGAACUGUCUUGCAAGGAGUCCUCUUCUAUAGAUUUUGAAGAGCUACUAUUUUUUGGUGAUCUGGGGUUCCUGAAUUCCUCCAAACGAGAUGAGCCAGUUGAGGAACCAUGGUUUCCUGAAUCCUCUCUGUCAAUACACAAAGAUAUUGAACCUGAAAUGGAUUCUUUAGCUCACUACGAGGACUUGGAACAGGUUAGUGCAGACACAAAUAUGGAUUCUUUAGUUCCCCAUGAAGGCUUGGAACUGUUCGAAGACGCAAGUAUGGAAACUUUGGAUGAUCGCAUUAUGGAUUUCUUAGUUCCCCAUCAAGACAUUGCAGAGGAAGUAUCUAAAUUUGAGAUUAAUAAGGAGCAGCCUGUUUCUACAGUCAUAGUUAUAAACUCUUCAGUAUGUACCAUGCAGAGGGUUGCUGUUUUAGAAGAUGGAAAGCUGGUUGAGUUAUUACUGGAACCCGUAAAAAAUAAUGUACAGUGCGGGAAUGUAUAUCUUGGGGUAGUGACAAAGCUUGUUCCUCAUAUGGGGGGAGCAUUUGUGGAUAUAGGAAUUUCUAGGCCAUCUCUCAUGGAAAUAAAGCGGAACAGAGAGCCAUAUGCAUUCCCCCCAUUUUGUACUAUGACUAAGGAAGGGGAAGGCAAUGUUUCUUUUAUCAGUGACCUGAAAGAACGUUCUCAUACUCAUAGCAUAGCAAUGGAUUUACAUGACGAGGAUGAGGAUAUUGAUGACUUUUUGGAGGCUGAGCUUCAGGAUGAGUCUUUACCCUUGAUUGAGUCUUCUGAGCUACAUGAUGAGCCUUUGACUAGUGAGACUUUUCAGGAGCAUGGGUUGGACAAUAAGUAUGGUAAUUUGGAUCCUCUUAAUGAGAAAACAAAUGGGGUACAUGUUUUUAAUGAUUCGCCCAUUGGUGAGACCAAUUUUGACGAGUAUGUUCGAGGAAAUGGGCACUUAGUUGGAGCUCAUAGUAAAUCUCUGCCUUUAGAAACCGAGAACUUCGAUGAGUGUAAAAUAUCACAUCAUACACAGCCUCAGGAAGAUCUCCCUAUUGAGGCCAUUGAUUCAAACAUAGAACAGAAUAAAUGGGCUAAUGUUUCCAAGGGAACAAAAGUACUUGUACAAGUUGUGAAAGAAGGGCUUGGGACAAAGGGUCCUACACUUACUGCUUAUCCAAAUCUAAAAAGCAGAUUCUGGGUUCUGAGUACUCGCUGUAAUAGAGUUGGGGUAUCAAAGAAGAUCUCUGGAGUUGAACGCACACGGCUUAAGCUUAUUGCUAAAACAUUGCAACCCCCAGGAUUUGGGUUAACUGUGAGAACUGUAGCCGCUGGUCACACUAUGGAGGAACUUCAGAAGGACCUUGAGGGUUUGGUUUCUACAUGGAAAGAUAUAGUUGAGCAUGCAACCUCAGCAUCCCUUGCUGCAGAUGAGGGGGUUGAAGGUGCAGUGCCAGUUAUUUUGCACAAAGCAAUGGGUCAAACACUAUCUGUUGUGCAAGAUUAUUUCAAUGACAAGGUUGAGAAGAUGGUUCUCGAUUCCCCACGGACAUAUCAUGAGGUAACAAGCUAUCUCCAAGAAGUUGCACCAGAUUUGUGCAAUAGAGUCGAGCUCUGUGAUAAACGGGUCCCUAUUUUUGAUGAAUAUGGCAUUGAAGAAGAGAUUGACAAUAUGCUCAGUAAAAGGGUUCCACUUACGACUGGUGGUUCCCUGAUCAUUGAGCAGACCGAGGCAUUGGUAUCAAUUGAUGUGAAUGGAGGGCUUGGAAUGCUUGGAGAGGAAACAUCUCAAGAACAAGCAAUUCUUGAAGUCAAUCUUGCAGCUGCUAAACAAAUUGCAAGAGAGUUGCGUCUUAGAGAUAUUGGUGGGAUUAUUGUGGUAGACUUCAUCGACAUGGUUGACGAUAUGAACAAAAGAUUGGUCUAUGAUGAAAUAAAGAGAGCAGUAGAAAGAGAUCGGUCAUUAGUAAGAGUUUCUGAACUAUCUAGGCAUGGACUGAUGGAAAUAACAAGAAAGAGGGUUCGUCCAAGUGUCACAUUUAUGAUUAGCGAACCAUGCAGUUGCUGCCAUGCAACUGGGCGUGUUGAAGCUCUUGAGACAUCUUUUUCAAAAAUUGAACGUGAAAUUUGCCGUUUGCUAGCUACAAUGCGCCAGAAACCAAAGAUAGAGAAUGUGAAAUCUUGGCCAAGGUUCAUCCUAAGGGUAGAUCGCUACAUGUGUAACUACUUGACAUCGGGUAAAAGGACAAAAUUAGCGGACUUGAGCAGCUCUCUCAAAGUGUGGAUCCUUCUCAAGGUAGCAAGAGGCUUUGCGAGAGGAGCAUUUGAGGUGAAACCAUUUGCUGAUGAUAAGGGUAGUGAGAAGAACCAACAACAAGUAGACAUUUCUAGACUAAAAUCCACUGAGGUUGGACCUUAUAUUACUUCUGGCAGAUUGACACUUUUCCCAGUCAAAAAAUUGAGGAACAGGGGCUGAUAAUUCUUGAUACUAGAUGUUUCCAAUUAUGGAAAUAUUUGCUUUCACGAGCCACCUGAAAAAGCUGGUUGUACUUGCACGUGCAUUUUGCCUUCACCUGCUAAGCUUGAUCAUGGUGUAUGUUGUUACUUACUCAGAUUUCCAAUUGUGGAAAUACUUGGCUCAUGCUUUGUGAUUUUCUUGAGUAAAAGUUGUAAUCUACAGAAUUUUUUUAAGCAAUUUAAGGCCAAAAUGUAACUUAUUGAAAGUUUCUAUAUGAAUAAGACCCUCUGGUCGUGGUGAAGGGCCUUUGUAGAAAAGAAUCCUUUGUUUAUAAGGGUAAUCUCUCUCUCUAAUAAAUUGGCCAUCUGGUCUUGG